AUGAAGUCGUUUGAUGCCUUCGCACGGCCAGUGCAGGAGUUCCAAGUGAAGACAGCAGUCGGGGGCUACAUCUCCAUCGGUUCUAUUUGCUUAGUCGCCGCGCUCUUCCUUUCUGAGCUGAGCUAUUUCUUAACACUGGACACAAAAGAUGAAAUGCUGAUUGACCAGAGCCAGGAGCGCAAGUAUCUGAAUGUAUCCCUCGACAUCACCUUUUCUGCCUUGCCCUGCUCUGUGUUGAGCAUAAACCUGAUGGACCCCAAGCAGAACAAUGUAAUGCAUGUUGCUCAUGAAAUCUUCAAGAUGCGGCUGACAUCAGCCGGAGAAAGUAUUGGGAAGCCUAUCCGCGAGGGCCUGCAAAACGUUGCCAUGACACCUGCGGACUUGGCGACGGUCUUCAAAGACCGCAAAAUCAGAGCAAACCACUCUUCCACUCGCAUCAGGUGUCCCUCGUGCUUUCAGAGCUUGCUUGACGAGGAUUCCUGCUGUAAUUCCUGCAAAGAGGUUCGGGAAGCCUUCCUGAACCACGGAUGGGAUGACAGACCUGACGACUACAUCUUUUCUCAGUGCAUAGACGAGGCUUUCCAGCGAACCGCUGCGCAGAUGGGUGAAGGCUGUCGUGUGCAAGCGCGCCUGCACGUUCGCAAAGUCCCUGCUACGCUGCAUGUUGGUAUAGGCCAGCACAUUCGACGGGACUUGGUCCGUGCAAAAAGCAUGCCGGAGCUAACCAUAGGCGCCGAUUUUACACAUGAAAUUCACAACCUGUCCUUCGGCCCUGACUUCCCUGGCUUGGUCCGGGUGCUUGACGGCCGGCAAAAGUCAAGUCAUCGACCGCCCUUGUCUGAGCAUUAUCAGUACGAUGUCCACGUCAUACCGACUCGAUUUCAAGAGGAUGGAUCUGACGAGAUUGCUGGCCACCAGUACAGUGUCACAGAGUACGUGAAAGCCAUCGAUGCAAGCAAUCCUGGUCAUGACGUCGCUGCAACGGGGAUUUGGAUGAGCUACGAUUUCACCCCAUUCGAGGUUCGUGUCACGCGCAGCCGGAAGAGCAUGUUCCAUUUCUUCACCGAGUGUUGUGCCAUCCUUGGAGGCAUUUUUGCAUUCUCGGGAAUGUUGGACGGCUUUGCCCAUCAGAUCCACAAGUUGGGGCCGGGCAAGGAGGUGGUAGGUAGGUGCAUUGGUCGAGUGAGGGGCUGCGACAACGUUUUCAAUCACAAAAGAGGCAUUGAGACAGGAGGUGCGAAAAGCUCGCCAGCCCAAGCAGCAGCUUGCGCAAAGCAGCAGCUCGAUCUGCAGCUGGCGAAGGUCCGCACUGACUGUCGUGAGAUGCUGCGGACUACCGCAAUGCUGUGGGAGAGGGCCGUGGUGCGGGAGCGACAGGCCUUGCAGGAGGCGAAGGAGAGGCGUGAGCACUGGCAGAAACGAUUGAAAUCCUCCAGAGACGCCUUCCGAGGCCACUGCAUUAAGCACCGCCCCUAG